AUGUUCUGUGACAGUCAAAUUUCUCCAGGAGACGAAGACAAACUGCAUAAAAUGUCGGACCCUUUCCAGAAAGGUCACGUGAACCGCAACCAUGCCCGCCUCUCUCUCUCUAUCUAUCUAUCUAAGUUUCUUGUCAUCUAUCUAUCUAUCUAUCUAUCUAUCUAUCUAUCUAUCUAUCUCGAUCUCUCUCACUUUCUCUCUCUGAAUCUCUCUCUCUCGAUCUCUCUCAGUCUGUCUCUCUUUCUCUUGAUCUCUCUCUCUUUCUCACUCUCCCUCUCUCUCCCUCUCCCUCUCUCCCUCUCCCUCUCUCUUUCUCUCGAUCUCUCGAACAUGUGCACGCACAAAAUGAUGCGGCUAUAUAUCUCUGUUCCCAUCUAUCUAUCUAUCUAUCUAUCUAUCUAUCUAUCUAUCUAUCUAUCUAUCGAGUGGCCUCCCCUCUCUCUCCCUCUUACAACGUCCCUCUGUCUCUUCCUAUCUAUUUACCUUCCUCUAUUAGAUUAG